ACGGAAGAAUGUGCGAUAUUUCACGACUGGUAAAGAAACUAUGAAAGGAAGGGUGGGGAUACUGCCGUGUCUAUAGCAGUAUCGUGUCUUGUAACAAUGGCGGACUGUCCGAACGAAGUGCGUAAUCGGAUUAGGGUUGGACUGCUCACAGUGAGUGACACCUGUUUUUCAAAGAAAGCAGAUGACAAAAGUGGAGCUGGUCUCCGUGCUCUCAUUCUAGACGAUCGAAUUAUUCCAGGUGUAGUUGAAGUACAACAAGUGGUUGCAGAUGAACUACUUGAAAUUAAGGAUAUUCUUAAAGAUUGGUGUGAUAGCCUGAAAUUAGACCUAAUUCUAACUACAGGAGGCACUGGUUUUGCCCCUCGUGAUGUCACCCCAGAGGCUACCAAGAUGGUCAUUGAGAAGGAAGCACCAGGACUGUCCGUGGCAAUGAUUCAAAAAUCUCUUGAAAUCACUCCUAUGGCUGUGCUAUCUCGAUUAGUGUGUGGUAUCCGUGGUCAGACCCUAGUAAUAAACUUGCCAGGCAGUGCUAAAGCAUCUAAGGAAUGCUUUAGUUUUAUUGCUGUUGCUAUUCCCCAUGCCAUCAACGUAUUGAAAGAUGAACAUGGGGAAGUAGCCUCAGUGCAUCAUUCAAUGCAACGAAAUCGCUGUUCACAUGAUGAAGAUUCAAGCUGCAAAAAUCAAACCAAUCCGUUGCCAACCAGUUUCGGUCUCAGGGACAAGUUAUGUGUUAAUCAGACACCACCUCCUCAGAAUUACCGUCUCUAUCAUGACUCAUCGCAAGGACCAAACCAGGAUGACCAUAUUGAAAUUCCUCCUAUGUAUUAUGGUGGACUGCACUAUGAAAGUCAUGUUGAUACUACCCAUGUGGCCAACCGUGCCCGGCAAUCAUCAUAUAAGAUGAUUUCUGUUGAGUCUGCUUUAGACAUAAUUUUGGCAGAAACUCCUGUUGCAGAGACUGCUAAAUUUAAGUACUCAGAGUGCCUUGGUUAUUAUCUAGCAGAAGAUGUGUUUGCCAAAGAACCCGUACCACCAUUUCGGGCUUCAAUCAAAGAUGGCUAUGCUGUGAUGAGCAGGGAUGGUGUUGGCAAGAGAUUGGUUAUUGGCAGUGCAACAGCAGGAAAUACUUCGAAGACCCGUCUAGAGUCCUCCUAUUGUAUGCGUAUCACCACUGGGGCCCCUGUACCACAGGGAGCUGAUGCAGUCGUACAAGUGGAAGAUACUGAAUUACUAAAGAAGGCAAAUGAUGGGAAAGAGGAGUUAGAAGUAUUGAUUAAGAAAUCACCAACUACAGGUCAAGAUAUCAGGCCUGUUGGUGCUGAUAUUCCACAAGGUGAAAAGAUCUUGAAACGGAGCCAAAGACUUGGACCUUCAGAACUUGGACUUCUAGCAACUGCUGGUGUGGUGCAAGCCAAAUGCUUCCAGAAGCCAACUGUGGCCAUCUUGUCAACUGGUAAUGAGCUUGUUGACCCUGGUGAUGUGCUUGAACAUGGAGAAGUGCGUGACAGCAACCGCAUAACGUUAAUAUCUUUAAUGAAGGAACAUGGUUUCAAGACUAUUGAUCUGGGUAUUGCUGAAGACAGUCCUGACACACUGUUUACCAAGUUAUCCAUUGCUAUUUCUGAAGCAGAUGUUGUUGUGACGUCUGGUGGUGUGUCUAUGGGAGAAAAGGAUUUAUUGAAACAAGUUCUUGAAGAGGAUUUGGAGGCUGUAAUUCAUUUUGGAAGGGUUUUCAUGAAGCCUGGGAAGCCCACAACUUUUGCAACCAUCGACACAAAACAUGGCCGGAAGUUAGUGUUUGGUCUUCCUGGGAACCCAGUCUCUGCAGUAGUCACAUGCAACCUCUUUGUUAUUCCAGCCAUCUAUCACAUGUCUGGUUGUCCAACACCUCGGAGAACAGUUGUAAAAGCUAAAGUGGACCGGAAUAUCAAGUUGGAUCCCCGACCCGAAUUUCAUCGAGUGGUGCUGUCAUGGGGACCUGGCGGAGUUGGGGAUGAUGAUGGGUUACCUACUGCUUCCAGCACAGGCAACCAGCAGAGCAGUCGGUUGCUCAGCAUGCAGUGUGCUAAUGCCCUCUUGGCACUGCCGCCACAUGCUGAUGGCAGGUCUCUGGUCACAGAAGGAGAAGUCCUUGAUGCAAUUCUCAUUGGAAAUAUUAGCUCAAUGUAACAACAUGACUUUCUCUCUUCCAAAAUUCUCUCUUUCUCUUUCCCUCUUUCUACCCUUUUUUCUCUACUUCUUUUUGCUCCCUGCCCUCAAUUUUUUUUGUUUUUAUUGCUUUUUUUCCUGGUCUCCCAUUAUUUCUUCCUUUUCACUUUUUCUUUCUCCCCCCACUUCUUAUUUCUCUUUUCUCACUGUAUCCUUAUCUCUCUCUCUCUUCUGUUUUCCUCUGUUAUCCCUUGUUGACAAUAAUUAUCUCUGUGUUUUGCAUUGUGGAGUGGCAAAAAUGAUAAUUCAUCUUGCCAAAUAUCCUAUUAUUUUCAUAGUUCAGUUCCACUGUGAUUGGGUUUUUUUUUCGUCCUCUUCUGGACUCAGUGAAAUAAGUACCACUAAUACACCCAAGAUCCAGAUAGUGUUACUUCACUAUAAGGCGGCGAGCUGGCAGAAACGUUAGCACGCCGGGCGAAAUGUGUAGCUGUAUGUCGUCUGCCGUUACAUUCUGAGUUCAAAUUCCGCCGAGGUCGACUUUACCUUUCAUCCUUUCAGG